CCGUAUGCUCCCUGACUUUGUCGGGGGUGCUGUUGAUUUUGGGGCUUUGGCCGCGGUUAGCUCCUUUGCUAAGCUGUUGCGUCGCGGAGGUUGCUCCCACGCGGAGGGAGUUGCCAAGGAGGAGUUCGCGUCUGCGGAGGAUGUUGGCGAGGGCACCUCGAGCCUGCGCAAAUCUGUCCGGAACUUCAUUAGUUCGUUCUGGAUUAGGUUUGGGCGGGCUGAGGCGAAGAAGAUGGCGGAAGCUCGUCGCGCUGAGGAGAUUGCCAAGAGGGCGGCUAAGGUUGACAAGCCCGGUCCUUCGCGUCCCCCUAGCGAAGCGCGUCCUUCGACUCAGGCUGAGGCGGAGGUUCGUGACGCAAGUGUUAAGGCUCCAGAGGAAUCUGGUGCCAAGGAUUCGGCGCAGCCCGAGACUUCUGCCCCUCCUCCGCCUCAGGUGUGAGGCUUUUUAGUUUGUAGGUUUUUUCUUAGCUUUUUUGCGUCUGUAUGUGUGACGCUUUUUGUAAGUAAGGCCGAAGGUUCUGAUUAAUUUGUAAAGACUAUUGAAAAAUGUAAUAUAAAGAGUU